CAUAUAUUGGUGCGAAAAGCGGAUAAAAUGGCAACUGCUAGCGGCAAGUAUAAGCGUACCAACACGAACGGAAUGCAGCAUCAACCACUAGAUGUGGCCAUCGUUGGUGGUGGAUUGGUUGGCUCACUGUUGGCACUCCAUCUCGGCAAGAAAGGACACGAAGUUAAUCUGUACGAAUAUCGAGAAGACAUUCGCACAGCGGAGCUAGUGAUCGGACGUAGUAUCAACCUGGCCCUAUCGGCCCGUGGUCGCCGAGCACUGGCUGAAGUUGGGCUAGAGGAAGCCCUGCUUCAGCACGGUUUACCGAUGUCGGGUCGUAUGUUGCAUGACGUUAAUAGCAACCGGAAGAUUGUACCGUACGAUGCGAAUACGAACCAGUGCAUCUAUUCCGUCGGUCGGAAGCAUCUCAACGAGGUGCUGCUAAAUGCGGCCGAGAAGUACCCGAACAUUCACCUGCACUUUAACCACAAGCUGGUCAGCGCCAAUCUGGACGAGGGCAAUCUGUCGAUGAUUGACCCCCAAACGAAAGAGGUCAAGAACGCUCGGGCAGAUCUGAUCGUCGGAUGCGAUGGUGCGUACAGUGCCGUCCGGAAGGAGAUCGUUAAGCGACCCCGGUACGACUUUAGCCAGACGUACAUCGAGCACGGCUAUCUGGAGCUGUGCAUUCCACCAACGGCCGAUGGAGAAUUUGCAAUGCCGCACAACUAUCUGCACAUUUGGCCCCGGGGACAGUUUAUGAUGAUUGCGCUGCCGAACCAGGACCGUACCUGGACGGUAACACUGUUCAUGCCGUUUACACAGUUCCACAGUAUUACCGAUCAGGACCGGCUGAUCGAUUUCUUUCGCCAAUACUUCCCGGAUGCGAUCGAGCUAAUUGGGCGCGAACGGUUGAUAAAGGAUUUCUUCAAAACGAAGGCACAAUCGCUCGUCAUGAUCAAGUGCAGACCGUAUCAUGUAGGAUCGAAGGCAUUGAUCAUAGGGGAUGCGGCACAUGCGAUGGUUCCGUUCUAUGGACAGGGCAUGAAUGCAGGCUUUGAAGAUUGUAGCGUGCUGACGGAACUGUUCAACCAGUACGGUACGGAUUUGACGCGCAUUCUGCCUGAGUUUAGCGAGAAACGGUGGGAGGAUGCUCAUGCCAUCUGUGACUUGGCAAUGUACAACUACAUUGAGAUGCGUGAUCUGGUUACUAAACGAUCGUACCUCUUCCGGAAGAAGCUGGACGAGCUGCUGUUCUGGUUGCUGCCUAACACGUGGGUCCCACUGUACAACUCCGUGUCCUUCUCUCACAUGCGCUACAGCAAGUGCAUAGCGAAUCGGGCCUGGCAGGAUAAGAUUCUCACACGCGUACUGUACGGCGCUUCGUUUGUCUCGAUCGCAGCUAUCGGUGGACUGGCCUACCGACACGUGACCGUCGGUCAUCUAGAAAAGCUGUCGACGGCGAUCUUAUCCACAUUUCAGCUACUGAAAUCGAAACCAAGCGUUUAAUAAAC